AUGAUAUUAGCCGCCCUGGGAAAGGUUUGCUUUCGCAAAGUAGCUGAUCGGAUCAUCUGCUCGCCCCAUUCGAAGAAGCGGUGGCUAGACGAACUGACCAAACAAAACAGACCCGGGGGGCAUGAAUCGGCAUUUGCGGUAGCUUGUCAAACUGUCACCAGCGCAGAGCAGCAAACAGCGAACAGAGUCGGUAGGAAAAAGGAGAAGACUACUGUAGGCACCAGCAGCAUAGUAAACGGGAAUAGUUUUGUGCGAAAGGAAAUGGAAAGUGUUGUUGAUGUAAAAUUCCCUGUAACAUCCCUGGUACCGAAGAAUGAAACCGGUGCGCUUAGCUUCAUCCGUAUGUACCCGGAGUACGAUGGCCGGGACGUGACAAUCGCUAUCCUGGAUUCCGGCGUUGAUCCCCGGGCAAAAGGUUUAGAGCAAAUUCCCGGCGGAGACGUUAAGGUGAUUGAGCGUUACGACUGUUCCGGGUGCGGCGAUGUGGACACCAGCAAAACGGUCACGGCUAGUCAGGAUGGAACGAUUACGGGUCUGUCGGGCCGCAAGCUGCGGUUAUCUGCCACGAUGAAAUCGAAAAAUAUCGCCGGCUCAGAGUACCGUGUGGGACUAAAGAGCGUGCACGAUCUGUCCCCGUCGCACAUCCGCGAACGUAUAUUGAACGAUCUAAAGUUAAAAACCUGGGACGAUCGGCACAAACAAGCCGUUAGCGAAGCGGCUAGAGAGUUGAGCGAUUUCGAGGCCAAAAAUCCACAGACCGGGCUGAGCGGUAAGGAGAAACUGGUGAAGGAGAAUCUGGAGAGCCAGCUGGAGUUCCUGAACACGUGCGAUAAGAAGUUUGCCGAUCUGAAAACAUCGUACGAUUGUGUGGUGUUCCAGACGAAGGAGGGCUGGAUGGCGGUGAUCGACACUACGGAGAAAGGUGAUCUGGAAAAUGCGGUCCACGUGGUGGAAUAUACCCGAUCACAUCAGUUAGUUAAUCUGGAUGAUUUCCUGUCUGUUUCGAUCAACGUGCACGAUGAAGGAAACGUGCUGGAGGUUGUUGGUGUAUGCUCGAGCCAUGGAACUCACGUUGCUUCCAUUGCCAGCGGCUACCAUCCGGAUGAUCCCGAGCUGAAUGGUGUCGCACCCGCUGCCAAGAUUGUGUCACUAACCAUCGGCGAUGGCCGUUUGGAAUCGAUGGAAACAGGAACGGCGCUUGUGCGUGCCAUUAUCAAGGUGAUGGAGUUGUGUGAAGCUGGUCGUAAAAUCGACGUAAUUAACAUGAGCUACGGAGAACACGGCCACUGGUCGAAUUCGGGUCGAGUCGGUGAGCUGAUGAGCGAGCUUGUAAAUAGAUACGGCGUAGUGUGGGUAGCUUCGGCCGGUAACCAUGGUCCGGCACUGUGCACUAUCGGCACACCGCCCGAUAUCAGCCAGCCGAGUUGCGUUGGUGUCGGUGCAUACGUAUCGCCGGAAAUGAUGGAAGCGGAGUACGCACUGCACCAGAAGCUGCCGGGCAACGUAUAUACCUGGUCCUCGCGUGAUCCCUGCAUCGAUGGAGGGUUCGGUGUGACGGUUUGUGCCCCCGGUGCUGCCAUUGCUUCCGUGCCACAGUUUACAAUGUCCAAGGCACUGCUAAUGAACGGUACCAGCAUGUCGGCACCACACGUAGCCGGUUCGGUGGGGCUGCUGAUUUCUGGCUUGAAACAGAAAGCCAUCCCAUACACUGCCUUCAGCAUCAAGCGAGCACUGUGGAACACGGCGACCAAGAUCGAUUACGUGGACAAGUUCGCACAGGGCAAUGGGCUGUUGAAUGUUGGCAAAGCUUUUGAUCAUCUUACCACGUACUGUGGACUGUUGGAAAACAAACUGCGGUUCUUCGUUACGGUGGGCAAAAACAACGCAAAAGGCAUUCAUAUGCGGCAUGGUGUUCUUACGAAGGUGGAAGACUUUUCCGUCAACAUAGAACCGGUUAUUUUUAAUGAAAAGUACGCGGAUGCAGCAGACAAGAUCAACUUCAACGUGCGGUUAACGUUGAUUCCGACGGAAUCAUGGAUCAACUGUGGCAACUAUCUCGAUCUGUGCUACGCGGCAAGAAAAAUUUCCGUCAAAGUAGAUCCAUCCGGACUGGCGCCGGGUGUGUACCGGGCGAGUGUGAAAGCGUACGAUUCGGCAUGUCCCGCGAAGGGCGUUUUGUUCGAGAUCCCAGUCACGGUGGUGCAACCGCACGUAGUUGAUGCAAAAUCGAAUGAAUUCGUACGCGGCGACUUGCCAGUUGAUUGCAAACCGCACACGCUUAUUCGGGACUUUAUCCUGGUACCGAAAUACGCAACCUGGGCCGUCAUUGAGAUGCGUUCGGCCGAUGCGAACGAUGCCGUGGGUGGUAAAUUUUUCCUACACACGUUGCAGAUCCUUCCGAUGAAGUUCUGUAAGGCGAUGGAGAUGCAAAAAAUUCUGCCAGUUAAUGGUACGACCCCGACGGUGCAGCCCGUUAAGGUGGAGGGUGAUCAUAUAAUUGAAAUUUGUAUUGCCAAGUUUUGGUCCAACUUUGGAACGUUGCCGUUGCGUUAUUCGGUGAAGUUCCACGGAAUUAGCCCACAGAAUGGAUCGGUAAUGCACAGCGCUAGCGGAAUUCAUCGAAUCGAUCUGACCGCUUUGACCUGCGAGGAAGUACACCCGGUAGUAUCGUUAAAAACAGCGGCAAUGGUUUUAAAACCGUCGGAAACUAAGGUCACACCACUGACGGCACGCGAUGUGAUCCGUCCAGCAAGACAGAUCUAUCAGACCCUGAUCACGUACCAGCUGCAUUUAGUGAAGGGCUACGAAGUAGCGUUCUACACGCCAUUAUUCAGCAACAUUCUCUACGAGAGUGAGUUCGAGUCCCAGUUCUGGAUGGUGUUCGACACCAACAAGAUGAUGGUUCGGUGUGGUGAUGCGUACUCUUACUAUAAGUACGAAAAGCUGGAAAAGGGUGACUACACCAUCCGCUUGCAGGUGCGCCACGAGAAGAAAGAGCUGCUCGAGAAGCUGACGGAAGCGAACAUGAUCGUUAACUUCAAGCUAGCCAGCAACAGUCUAUCGGUGGACGUGUACAAAUCGUACAAUCAGGUGCUGUCCGGUGCCAAAAAGAUGACAAGUUGCUUCCUGGCGGCUGGUGUAUGCCGUCCUAUCUACCUAGCACCGGUUCCUAGCGAGAAGCUACAGAAAGCAUCCAUACCACCGCAGUGUUCUUGGCUGGAGGGCAGUAUUACGUACGCGAAGGAGGACAUCGUUAAGAAGUGUGUUUCGCACUGCUUCCAGUACAUACUGACGGAAGGUCCACCAGCAAAGAAAAGUUCGACGGCGGCUGCAAGCGCGACCACUACCGCUACUAACAAUGCUUCGAACGGAAGCAAUCAGUCGAGUGGUGGAGGUUCGAAUGGAUCGGGAACUGUAAUUACCGCUUCGAAUGGUGCUUCUGCUAAUGGUGGGCUGGCGAAUGGAACAGCCGGGAAGGAACCCCGAAGCAAAUGGGAUGAAUAUUGUGAAGGAUUGCGCGAUUAUCAGACGGCACAGAUAGCAAAAUUGGAUUUGGAAAAUGCGGACAAUCUGUAUAACGCGCUGCUGAAGGAGAAUCCCAACCAUCUGGCAGCUCAUUUGGCGAUGGCCGAUCAUUAUGAUAGUAGCGAAUUGAAGCAAAAUCUUCCGUACGCAUUUACGAAGUCAUUUGAUCUGUCCGACUCCGCGCCGGCGACAUUGCUGAAGGUGAAGUUGCUGCGCAUCAUUGAGCUGUCCGGCUUAGUGGUGAAGGAUAUCGAUCAGAAUGCACUGCUUGCGUACUACGGCAUGAAGGUUGAUAAUCGACCAAAUGCAGCCAAGAUUAAAAUUCAAAUGGAUAAACAAAAGCAGCUUCUGCUGGAUGCCUGCCAGCGUAAGUUUGUUGCCUUGUGCAAGUUGAGGGUUUUGCAGAACUUGUUCGAUGCGCAGGACGUGAGUCAACCGGACUAUGCCGAGGAGUUGGAUCAACUGUACGGUGAAGUGGGCAAAUUCAUCGAAUACACCGAUUCGAAGGUACUGUUGUUAACGAUUUGGCACGCAUUUUCUCUCAAGCAGUACGGCCGCAUGGUCAAGUAUUUGAACAAACUGUACGAGGAAAAGCUAAGCCGCGAUGUACUGGAGGAAAUGUUAGCCGUUGUUGAUGAGAAGAAUUGGACGCACGUGUAUCAGCAGCUUUCGAAAAUAAUCGUAUCAUCAAACCCUCAGGGAUAUCGACCAUUCUAA